CUGAACAUGAAGUGCAUCAUACCUGGAAACAAUGUGAGAGCAUUUGGAAAGGCAAUACAUGCCCUGUCCCGAAUUGGUGAUGAGUUAUGGUUUGACCCUUUAGAGAAAGGGCUUGCUUUGAGAUCAGUUAAUUCUUCUGGGUCAGCAUAUGCUUGCUUUUUGUUCUCUCCACUCUUCUUCCUGCAAUACAGCAGGGGGAACAGGUAUCAGCAAGACACUCAUGAGAAUGAAAAUAUACCCCUCAACUGUAAGAUGGCAAUCAAGUAUGUUCUUCCUAUGUUUCGAUGCCUAGCUACAUUAGAGAGGAAUGUAGAAAAAUGCAAGAUUUAUGUGAAUUCACAGAACUGCCGUGUUGUUUUUCAGUUCUGCUGCAAGCACGGAAUUACUAAAGCUCAUAAUCUGACGUUUCAGGAGUGCGAGUCCCUUCAAGCUGUGUUUUGAAAACACUUGAGCCCAAAUGUAUUCCGAUCCCAGGCAAGGCUUCUGGCUGAUAUAGCCAUUCAUUUUCCAAUGUCACAAGAGGAGAUUACUUUGAUUGUGACUCCUAUGAAAGCUUUCUUCAAGAGUUAUGUAGAUGAAGGCAAAGAUUUCACAAAGGUAAUGCAAACUGAAAUGAGCUUAAAACCCAACGAGUUUGAUUACCUUCAGGUUGGAGUUGAUUCUGAAAUUACGUUUUGCUUGAAGGAGCUUAGGGGUCUUCUAGCAUUUGCAGAGUCUAUGAACCUCUCUAUAUCAGUCCAUUUUGGAACAGCUGGAAGGCCAAUUGCAUUUAGCAUUGAUGAUAUGAUGCUUGAAGCUGUUUUUAUACUGGCUACAUUAGCUGAUGCAGAGAGCCAUUCACCAUCACAGCACACUCAGUACUUAAAGACUUUUACCAGUAAGAGGUAUAUGAUAGCAGAGACACUUUUGAAUGUUUCUUUAUCCUGUUUAUUUAAUGCAAAUCUGAAGGAUAACCAAACUGAAAAUGAUAUUACUGAGGAGAUGAAUUCACCUGUAGUAGCCAUAAGAACCACUUCACAAAAAGAUGUACAGUACAGAAUUCAAGAAGUAAAGGAUGACUGCACAACCCCCAUACUUAAUGAAAACCUGACAAAAAAUAUUGAGGCUUCUUCUGUGUUAAACAAUGACUUAGAGGAUGGAUUGGAAAAUGAGAUGGUGCCUGGAACUCCACCAAAUAAAAAGUUGUGCUCACUCUUCUUCAGUGCUGUGUUAUCCGAACAUCACAAAAACGGUUAUCAAACAUUAAUGAGCCUAGCUGCUUGCAGUGAAGAGGAGGAUAUAAAUGAAGACAAAUUUGUGCAGAAUUUCUAA